AAUGUUAUCCAGCAAGUAUGCGAGAUCAAGGAGAAUGUACACCAUGGUUCAAUAGGUUCGGACAUCCAACACACUAUCUUGUUCGAGUUGCGGUAAAUGGAGAAUUGCUGGAGGAUAAUAUCACUGGAUUUGCACAGUACGGAAAACAUUUUGCGUGUCGAAGUAGAAAAGGAUGUGGAAAAGAAAAAGGAUGGGCACCUAUUGUACUUCUACAAUAUCUUCUUGAGGUUGGUAUUCUAGAAAGUGUAACUAUUGGAGAGGCAAUAAUUUCUCUUACUAAACAGACCAAAAUUGAUGAAAAACGCCUUACUCAUCAACUUGUAACAGAUAAAGGUGAGCUUGAUUUCUUGAUCAAAGAUUGUACUGAUGCUGGAACUUUUGCCGAAAGAGAAAAAUAUCUACUCGGAUUCAUACUUACAUAUUACGAGGGACAUCAACCUCAAUAUACACAUUUGCGGGCCUCAAUGUUAGUAUAUGCGCAUAUUAAUUUGUUAGAGAUACUUCGGAGAUUUGAUUCUAAUGAAGUAGUAAGGAUUACUACAGAUUCUAUAUAUGUACGAAAAGAGGCUUUAUAUAAGAUCGAAAAUAUACAGGCAUUCUUCAAGCAAGUUGAG